AUGGACGACAUUGACAACAUCGUUGGUCUUACAUCGCCUUCCAAGUCGAUGUCAUAUGUAUACGGCGAUGCGGACCUAUAUCUAGACUCCACAAAUACAUCAGCUACUUCCAGCCCUAUGGAUUCGCCGUACGAUUUAUCUUUCCAAGGGAUAUAUGCUAGCCCUGAGCAUACAGACGAGUCAGGAGAAACGAAGCAGACCGAGCCGCAGCAGCCUGCGACAAAGCCUGCAGCGAAGAGAAAACGUGAGAACAGAUACAAGAAUGCGCCGCCCUCGGUCCUGUCUCGCCGACGAGCUCAGAAUCGUGCAUCUCAAAGAGCCUAUCGCGAACGAAAGGAUCAACGCAUCAAGGAUCUUGAAAUCUUGCUAGGCGAGGCCCAGAAAAAGAAUGAUGUCCUCAGCCAGGCCUAUUCGAACCUCCAAGCAGAAUACAUCAGGCUUAAACGUGAACAGGAAACGGCACAGCGUUUUCAACAAGCUAGUUUAGUCUACGACCCAACGAUAGGCUCAGCAUCGGGCGACACCGAUUUAUUUCUCUACAACGGCUUAUCAAAUUACUCUUUGUAA